AUGCUGUCGAGCAAUGUUCUCAGAAAUUUACGCGAUUUUAAGAAGCUCUAUUCUCAUCGAAAUAUGUGUUUCGCUCUCACCGAAACUCAACGCGAGAUUCAGGCGGCCGCAUUGAAAUUCUCGCACGAGGUGAUCAUGCCGAAUGCGGCGAAAUUCGAUGAGUCGGGCGAAUUCCCGUGGGAAAUUGUCAAACAGGCGCAUAGUUUGGGGCUGAUGAAUCCGCUGAUUCCCGAAAAGUACGGCGGUCCCGGAAUGAGCAAUCUCGAGAUGGCGACGAUCGUUGAAGCAUUGUCGUAUGGGUGCACAGGAAUUCAGCUAGGAAUCAUGGGUCCUUCUUUGGCAGUGGCUCCUGUCUACAUUUCUGGAACCGAAGAGCAAAAGCGAAAGUAUCUCGGAAUGUUGGCGAAAGAGCCGAUAAUCGCUUCGUACUGCGUUACAGAGCCUGGUGCUGGCUCUGAUGUUGCCGGCAUUCGUACGAAGUGCGAGAAGAAGGGCGAUGAGUACAUUAUCAAUGGCUCGAAAGCGUGGAUCACCGGUGGCGGUCACGCCAAAUGGUUUUUCGUGCUCGCGCGAUCCGCGACUGAUCCGAAAACGCCGGCCGGCCAAGCGUUCACCGCGUUCAUUGUCGAUGGCGACACGCCGGGAAUAUCGCUAGGCAAAAAGGAGAAGAACAUGGGACAACGAUGCUCGGACACGCGCGUCAUCAAUUUUGAAGACGUCCGAGUGCCGGCGAGUCAAGUGCUCGGCGCAGAAGGCGCCGGAUUCAAGGUGGCGAUGCGCGCGUUCGAUAUGACACGACCGGGUGUGGCUGCCGCUGCCGUCGGUCUCGCGUGGAGAUGUCUCGAUGAAUCGAUCAAAUAUUCGUUGGAGAGGAAAACAUUUGGAACACCGAUCGCUAAUCACCAAGCUGUUCAAUUCAUGCUCUCCGAAAUGGCGAUGAACCUCGAACUAUCAAGAUUGGUCACCUACAGAGCUGCUCAAGACGUCGACAAAGGCGUUCGAUCAUCGUAUUACGCAUCGAUCGCGAAAUGUUUCGCGUCGGACACCGCCAAUCAGGCAGCUUCAAAUGCUGUUCAGAUAUUUGGUGGCAACGGCUACAAUUGCGAAUAUCCGGUGGAAAAAUUGAUGCGUGACGCGAAAAUCUAUCAAAUCUACGAAGGAACCUCGCAAAUUCAAAAAAUUGUCAUCGCCCGACAACUUUUGAGCCAUUUCGCCCAAUCGGGUUCAAGUCGAGUUUAA